UAUGAAUAGGAGCAAGAGUGGGCAAUGCUUGACAUUUAAAACGAUCAUGGCUGAUUUUCUUCUACACCUUGACCUUUCAACAUAAUCUCCAUAUCUUUUCAUUUCCUCUAGUUACCAAUAUUCUAUUAAUUUCCAUCUUGAAUAUAUGCAACAACUGAAUAUCCACAGUUCUCUGGAGUAUGGAAUAUCAAAGAAAAAUCCUGUUUUCCUUAAAAUAACUAACUGCCAGAUUUAAUAUUUUACAUAUUGUAAGUUGGCUACGCUGAACACAUUGCACCACAUAGCAGACUCGCACUAAGAAUAUGAGACUCACCUGCAUUGCUGUCUGGACAUGGCUCUUCGUACUAGAAGGAUUAUUCCAGCUGGCAAGCUGUCGAUCUUUCCAAUCGGAUCAACGUGAUGGAGGUCUGGUGAAAGAUUGUGAAAGCAUCCCUCCAUAUCUGCCUCCCACAGUUACCAACACGUCACUGCGCCUAAGUGCUCUCCGUUCAUUGCUGGAUUCACACAAUAUCAGUGUCUAUGUGAUUCCUGCCACAGAUCCCCAUUUGAGUGAGUACAUCAGCCCACAGGAUGCAAGAAGGGCGUGGAUUACAGGAUUCACUGGAACGGCAGGUACUGCCGUAGUCAGUAAGAUGAAGGCUGCACUCUGGACCGAUGGACGUUACUGGAUUCAAGCUGAACGCCAAAUGGAUUGCAACUGGGAGCUCAACAAAGGGGAAACAACUAUUAUAGACUGGAUUUUGAAUGAAACAAGGGAAGGAGAUAUAGUCGCUGCUGACCCUUUUGUCUUUUCCAUUGUGGAGUGGGAAAGUUACAAAAAUCCAUUGCUUCAAGGCAAUCGACAAUUUGUUGCUGAAGAAAAGAAUUUAGUGGAUAUUAUCUGGGCAGGGGACCGCCCACCAAACCCUACCGACGAUAUUUUCAAAGUGCCAGAUGAGUUCUUUGAAAGAACAUGGCAAGUGAAGGUAAAAGAAAUCCGUGCACAGAUGAAGGAAAACCCUUAUCAGCCAACUGCAGUAUUGAUCUCUGCAUUGGAUGAAACUGCAUGGCUGUUCAACCUGCGAGGGAAUGAUAUUCCAUACAAUCCAUUUUUCAAGUCUUACACGCUGUUGGCUACAAAUUUCAUCAGGUUAUUUGUGAAUGAAUCACGACUGCCUCAACACAUUAAAGAAUACUUGAGUACAACUUGUACAACAGACAUGUGUGUUCAACUGAAACCUUACACAGAUAUCCGGAAAGACCUGCAGGAAUAUGUUAAAGGAAAUGUCAAAAUCUGGAUUGGUCAGGAAUACACAAACUAUGGUGUCUAUGAAGUCAUUCCUGAGUCAAAAUUGCUUGUUAGUAAAUAUUCUCCAGUACAACUCACCAAAUCUGUUAAAGACAGCACAGAACAGAAAGGACUGAAAGCAGCACAUGUGCGUGAUGCAGUUGCUGUCAUAUGCUAUUUUGUAUGGCUGGAAAAAAGUGUUCCAAAAGGAAAUGUGACAGAACUCUCGGGUGCAAACUAUGUCAACAAGUUACGCAGCAAGCAAAAGCAUUCCAAGGGCAUCAGCUUCGAGACGAUUUCUGCCAGUGGUUUGAAUGCAGCCCUUGCUCACUACAGUCCAAGUCAUGAAACCAACAGGAAGCUAAAUCCAGAUGAGAUGUACCUGAUAGAUUCUGGAGGACAAUACUUGGAUGGAACAACUGAUAUUACCCGCACAUUACACUGGGGAACCCCAACCGAUUUUCAGAAGGAAGCUUACACUCGAGUGCUGAUGGGAAACAUUGAUUUGGCUCGAUCUAUCUUCCCUACAAUGACAAUUGGAGAUGAGCUUGAUGUAUGGGCUCGACAUGCUUUGUGGGAGGCGGGACUAAACUACAUGCAUGGAACUGGUCAUGGAAUUGGCACCUUUCUCAGUGUUCAUGAAUGGCCAGUUGGCAUUGGAAGCCCUCAUACGUGCCCACUUCAGGAGGGGAUGUUUACAUCUAUCGAGCCUGGUUAUUAUCAAGAUAAUGAAUUUGGAAUUCGAAUUGAAGAUGUUUCUGUUGUAGUAAAGGCAGAAACUAAGCACACAUUUGGAGGCGUUCCCUACCUGACAUUUGAGCAUAUUUCUCUUGUUCCAUAUGAACGAAAACUGAUCGAUGUGUCCAUCAUGAACAAGGAACAGAUUGACUGGCUUAACAAUUACUAUGAGAGGAUUUGGAGGACUGUGUCCCCUGAACUGCAAGCACAACAGUUGACAGAAGAGUACGAUUGGCUUCAGAAACACACACAGCCGUUUUCACACGGUGUCAUCAUAACAUACUCAUUUAUCAGUCUGGCCGCAGCCUUGCUGGGAAGCUUUCUAUUACAAGGAAAGAUUUUCUAAAAAUACCCAAAAUCUUUGGAUCUGAUCUUUUUCACAAUUUACAUACAAGACACUUCCUUAAAAGAAACAGAAUAUUGAUCAGUAUAGCACAGGAACAGCCUUGCAGGCCAUUGAGUCAGUGCCGAACAUGUGGCCAUUCUAAACCAAUCCCAGCUGUCUGCACUUGAUCCAUAUCCCUCCAUUCCCUGCCUGUUCAAGUGUCUGUCUAAAAGUUGAUAUCAUAUCUGCUUCUACCAGCUCCCCAGUAUCUAUUACCCUCUGUAUAAAUAAUUGCCUUGCAGAACCCCUUUAAACUUUUCCCCUCUUACCUUAAACCUAUGCCCCCAAGUACCUGACAUUUUUACCCCAGGUAAAGGACUCCCACCAUCCACCUUAUCCAGGCUUCUCAUCAUUUUAUAUACUUCUUUCUCAUAGAUAAUACACUCCAAUCCAGGCAACAUCUUA